AUGGAGCUAGCGCCACGCAGACUAACGGGCGGCCGCCGAACAAUAAAGUGCGAAACGUGUCGGGACCGCAAGGUAAAAUGUGAUCGGCAGGAGCCAUUCUGCGCAACGUGUAAGAAGCUAGGCUACACUUGUCAAGGGUACAUUUCAUCCCUCGUGAUUGUUCCCUUUCAGCCAGUGUGGAAGAGCGCUCUUCCCAAGGGCAAAGAGUUGGGCGAAAGCAGUACUCGGGCCUCUGCUACUCGACGGGCAAUGCCAGUUUCGAUAUCUACCUUAGCUCCCGACCCGAUUUUAGUCUCCUGUGAGUAUUUCCUCCUUCGGCUUGUCGGCAACAGAACCCAUUUCCAAGGGUCAGGAAUUCCUAGCCUUCUGUGUGCAUUUCUGGAUAGAGCAUUACCAGUUGGCUCCAUGCAGCACAAAUGUAUGAAGGCGCUUACUGUGAGCUAUUACUCCACGACAGCUCUGGGUCCUCGUGGAAGCUUCUCUGGGGAAACCAUGAAGACAUAUUCCUAUGCUCUGAGGGCCGUUCAGAAAGCCAUCGACCAAGGUCUCACAACUGGAUCGGACAUUUUGAUGAGCAUAAUGUGCCUUUGUCUCUACGAAAAUAUUGUCGUUACAGAACCAAGGUCCUGGAUCGAGCAUUACAAGGGUAUCUCUCGUCUGGUAAAAGGCCUUUGA